GGGAUUAUGGGUAAUGCUACAAUGAUCUGUCUGGUGUUUCAGCCAAUCAGAGGCAGGCUCUGGAUAUAUCUGAGGCCUGUGAUACAUUGAUGAGAAAGAGUAUAACAGGGGAGCUUGAGCAGUGGAGGAGCAUCAGAGUAGUCAGUAACAGCUGUUUCCUGUGUCCUGCAGCCACCUGCUGGUCACAGCCUCCCACAUGUACUGCCUGCGGGAGAUCGCCUCCAGGAAAGGGUUCUCCUACAUCCAGUCCCGACAGGCUCUGAACUCAGUGGUGAAGAUCACAUCCAAAAAGAAGCACCCUGAACUCAUCACCUUCAAGUUCGGCAGCAACAACUCAGCGGGGGUGGAGAUCUCCGCUGUGGAGAGAUAUUUAAUACCGAACGCCGGCGACGCCACGAAGGUGAUCAAGCAGCAGAUCAUGAAGGUGCUGGACGCUCUGGAGAGCUCAUAGAGGGGGGGGGGGCUCCAACUGGACACUAACUGUUAGAGGAGGAGGAGAGUCUGUCUGUCCUCCUGCAGAGAGACUGUGUGUGUGAGGACACACUGAGUGUGUGUGGUGCUCCGCAGUCAUCAAACAUCUCACACUAACUUAAAAACCUCCGUCAUGGUUUCCUUUGAUCAAACAUCUCCCUCUGAACACCUUGACCCCUGGCCGACCUCUGGAGCCCCUCCGUCAGGUCUCUCUGCUUCCUCUCAGACCUGAGGCCUCUGUGUUUGGGUCUGGAAGUUAGAGAGCUGUAAACACACCUACAGUAAAGUUCCUGUUAGCUGUAGUGAUAUGUAUUCCUCUGUAUCACACGUGUUGCUCCAGACUGUGGGUGAUAUCAAAGAAUUCAGAAAUGGCAAAAAUAUUCUACAUUUUCUGAGAUUAUAAAUUCCUAAAUUUACGAGAAAGAAAAUCAGGAAUAUUUAAUUUUUCCUUUAAACUUCAGAUAAUUUUUUUUCACAUUUAUGAAGUUUUUUCUUGUAAAUCUUAAGUUAUUAUUCAAAAGGGAAAACAAUUCAAAUUUACAGGAAAAUAAAUGAUUAUUAUUUUUUAUUUUGGGAUUUAUGAGUUUUUGGUCAUAAAAACCUUUGAGUGAUAUUUCCAAACCCUUGCUCUCUGUAACUGAACGUCACCCCUCCUCUGACCCGGUCUCAUAUUGAUGAUUCCCCCUCGGCCCUAAUGCGCCUUCAUGACUCUCUGCUUCCUCAUCUCAUAGCAGCCCCUCUGACUCUUUCUCUUACAUCAGUUAAAUAAUACCUGGUGAAGGUGAAUGAAAUGACCUCUGGAGGCGACCUGCUGAGGAGAAGGUCUCUGUCACACAGCUGGGUAGAGACAGUUUGUAAAAAGUCUUUAUAAAUAUAUCUCUGUUCUCUGUCCAUGUAUUCAUACUAGCUUUAGUUUGCUUGCCACUGUUGCCUUCGGCCUCAUAACGCUCCUCUGACUCUUCCUCGCUUCAUCUUACUUAUGUGUCCUUUGUGUGGAGAUGUGUCGGCUUUACCUUCCUGACGUCCGUCUGGAACUCAAAGGGGAGAGACCCUCAGAAAGUGGAUCCUCACUCUUCAGAGCGUUCCCUGUACCCACGCAUCGUCUGUGAUGUUCCACUAUCCACAGGCAGAGCAAAUGCAACACGUCUCCAGGGUCAUCUGCACCUUCCUGUCCUGCUUUCACUUCCUCAGCCUUUCUGUUUCUAAUAAAGGGAGAUUAUUACACUGUG